GGCAGGGCAACAAGUCCCACUGAUCUCCAUGGCACCACAGACCCUGGAAAGGCUUUUUGACAAACUUGGCCACUUUGGAAGAUUCCAAGCAGCUGUGUAUUUUGUGGUCAAUUUCCAAACAAUAGCAUGUGGGAUCCACUAUUUGGCCUCAGUGUUCCUUGCUGUAACACCACAGUUCGUGUGCAAGUUGCCUGGAAAUGUGACCACGAUCCUUGUUUCAAAUACAACAGCGGGCCCUGGAGAUUUGUGGAACUUGUGGACUGCAGAUUCAAGCAGCGUAGUCGCUUAUAUGGAAAAUGGAGAGAUCUGGGAAGCUGAGAAAUGUAUUCGUUUCAAAAGAAUUGGAAGCUUUGAGCUAGUGAAUUACUUUAAAGGCAACAGGACACGUUAUCCCUGCUCUGAUGGUUAUAGCUAUGAUCAAAGCCACAUUGAAAACAGCAUUGUGACUGAGUGGGACCUAGUCUGUGACAGGGAAUGGUUAGCAAAACUCACCCAGCCGAUUUUUAUGUUUGGAGUCCUACUGGGUGCUGUGGUGUUUGGGGAUAUCGCUGACAGGUUGGGACGACGCUAUAUUCUAUGGUUCACAAGCACAGCUCAAUUUGUGUUUGGAGUUGGUGUUGCGUUCACCAAUGAUUAUUACAGCUUCAUUGUUGUUCGUUUCCUCCUAGCCCUGGUUUCUAGUGGCUACCUUGUGGUUGUUUUUGUCUAUGUGACAGAAUACACUGGAUUGAAAGCCCGCAGUUGGGCAUCUAUGCAUGUCCAUGCUUACUUUGCUGUUGGCGUCAUGGUAGUUGCCUUGGUUGGAUUCCUGGUUCGGGCCUGGCGAUUCUACCAACUUGUUUUGUCACUUGUGACAAUACCAUUUAUAUUUUGCUGCUGGCUAUUGCCAGAGACACCCUGGUGGCUUCUGGCUAAAGGACGGCUUGAAGAAGUGCAGAAACUGAUUGACACAAUUGCUCGAUGGAACAAAGUCAAGAUCCCAUGUCAUGUCUCUGUAAUGCAGAUGAAUAGUCCUGAUGAUUCAACAGACAAAGAAAUUGCAAUAAAGACAAGUGAGACCAAAGAAGACAAAACCAGUAUCCUAGAUCUUUUCCAUACCUGGAAUUUGGCUAAGAGGACCAUCACAAUCUGGCUUGUGUGGUUCACUGGGAGUCUGGGCUAUUAUGUUAGCUCUUUGGGUUCUGUCAAUCUGGGUGGAAACGAAUAUUUGAAUCUUUUUCUGGCAGGUGCAGUGGAAAUUCCUUCCUAUAUUGUUGCUUGUUUUGUGAUGGACAGAUUGGGAAGAAGGAAUACUUUAGCACCAUCCCUGUUCCUGACUGGUGUGGCAUGUUUUCUCAGCAUGGUGACUCCCCAGGACAUUAAGGCCCUGUCAAUCACUCUGAGCAUGAUUGGAAAGUUUGCAAUAGCUGUGGCAUUUGGAUUGAUUUACCUGUACACUGCUGAGCUGUACCCAACUAUAAUACGUUCAUUGGCUGUUGGUACUGGAAGUAUGAUGGCUCGUGUUGGAAGUACAGUGGCACCUUUUUGUGUUCUCCUGUCAUCCGUGUGGAUCUUUCUACCACAGUUGAUUGUGGGAAUUAUGUCCUUUCUGACUGGCUUGUUAACGUUGUUGCUACCGGAAACUCUCGGGAGACCUCUAGCCCAGACCUUUGAGGAAGCUGCAAAAUUGCAAAAGAAAACAAAACGAGACAAAACCAAAGAAGAUUUAUGUGGAGAAGAUGGCCGUGCUGCAGUGGGGAGGAUUGUAAAACGAGACUAUAUCAUCGAUGGUAUAGAGAAAUCAAAGGAAGAGCAGAGUCUGAUUGAACAUUUAACACGGUUGUAAAGCUCAUUCAUUGAUCGCUAAGUCUUGAAAUAGGCGAGUGUUGUAGUUUUGAUUAGGUACUAAUGUCUUCAAUCUUUAAACUAACAAAAAGUAUACAAACAGUUUGGCAUCUAUUACAAACAAACAUAUAUAUAAAGUAAA